AUGUUUUCCUCUCGUGCUGUCAUCCGCGCCGCCGGCCUGCGUGCCUCGUCCAACGUCCAGAUCUCCCGAUCGGCGACUCAGGGAAGCCUGAGGACCUAUGCUGCUGCUGCUGCUGCGCCUUCGGCUCAGAAUUCGCGCCCGCCGGUGGCUUUGUACGGAGUUGAUGGUACCUAUGCCAAUGCUUUGUACACUGCCUCGGCCAAAACCUCGUCCCUCGACCAAGUCUCCAAGGCCCUCUCCACGCUCGGCGAGGUCUUCAAAAAGGACCCAAAACUCACCACCGUCCUCAACGCCCCCACUCUCACCGUGAGCGACAAGCGACAGAUUGUGCAGGAGCUACAGCGGGUUGCCGGCGUCGACAAGGGCGACAUUCUCAAGAACUUCCUUACCACGCUUGCUGAGAACAACCGAUUGGGUUUGUUGGCCGGUGUUGUGGAGAAGUUUGGCACUUUGAUUAGCGCGCACAAGGGCGAGAUUGAGUUGAACAUUACCAGUGCUCAGGAACUCGACAACAAGACCAUCCAGCGCAUCGAAAAGGCCGUUGCCAAGUCCGAGUUCAGCCAGGGCAAGAAGCUCAAGAUUGUGACCAAGGUCAACCCCGAUGUCCUUGGCGGCCUCAUUGUCGAACUUGGUGACCGAACCAUCGAUCUCAGCGUCUCUUCCAAGAUCAACCGUCUGAACAAGGCCUUGACCGAUGCUCUGUAA